AUGGAAUAUCAGAUAUUGAAAAUGUCUCCCAGCCUGUUCAUCCUUCUGUUUCUCACACCUGGUAUUUUAUGCAUUUGCCCUCUCCAAUGUAUAUGCACCGAGAGGCACAGGCAUGUGGACUGUUCAGGCAGAAACUUGACUACAUUACCAUCUGGACUGCAAGAGAAUAUUAUCCAUUUAAAUCUGUCUUAUAACCACUUUACUGAUCUGCAUAACCAGUUAACCCAGUACACCAAUCUGAGGACCCUGGACAUUUCAAACAACAGGCUUGAAAGCUUGCCUGCUCAGUUACCUCGGUCCCUCUGGAACAUGUCUGCUGCUAACAACAACAUUAAACUGCUUGAAAAAUCUGAUACUGCUUAUCAGUGGAACCUUAAAUAUCUGGAUGUUUCUAAGAAUAUGCUGGAAAAGGUUGUCCUCAUUAAAAAUACACUAAGAAGUCUUGAGGUUCUCAACCUCAGUAGUAACAAACUCUGGACAGUUCCAACCAACAUGCCCUCCAAACUACAUAUUGUGGACCUGUCUAACAAUUCCUUGACACAAAUCCUUCCAGGAACAUUAAUAAACCUGACAAAUCUCACACAUCUUUACCUGCACAACAAUAAGUUCACAUUCAUUCCAGAUCAAGCUUUUGACCAACUCUUCCAGUUGCAAGAGAUAACCCUUUACAAUAACAGGUGGUCAUGUGACCAUAAACAAAACAUUACUUACUUACUUAAGUGGAUGAUGGAAACAAAAGCCCAUGUAACAGGGACUCCCUGUUCUAGCCAAAUAUCACCUUUGAAGGAACAUAACAUAUACCCCACACCUUCUGGAUUUACCUCAAGCUUGUUCACUGUAAGUGGGAUGCAGACAGUGGACACCAUUAACUCUCUGAGUAUGGUAACUCAAUCCAAAGUGACCAAAAUACCUAAACAAUAUCGAACAAAGGAAACAACGUUUGGUGCCACUCUAAGCAAAGACACCACCUUUACUAGCACUGACAAGGCUUUUGUGCCCUAUCCAGAAGAUACAUCCACAGAAACGAUCAAUUCACAUGAAGCAGCAGCUGCAACUCUAACUAUUCACCUCCAAGAUGGAAUGGUUACAAACACAAGCCUCACUAGCUCAACAAAAUCAUCCCCAACACCCAUGACCCUAAGUAUUACUAGUGGCAUGCCAAAUAAUUUCUCUGAAAUGCCUCAACAAAGCACAACCCUUAACUUACGGAGGGAAGAGACAACCACAAAUGUAAAGACUCGCUUACCUUCUUCUGUGGCAAGUGCUUGGAAAGUAAAUGCUUCGUUUCUCUUAAUGCUCAAUGCUGUGGUCAUGCUGGCUGGCUAA